UGUGUGUGUGUGUUGGAGGAAGACACUACGAGAGAGAGAGAGAGAGAGAGAAGUUUUCCUCUCCGCAUGGUCGCCUGUCCUUCACUUCACGCGAUGGCGCGCGUGAAUCCGCGUGCAGCGUUGUCGGUGCGUUCGGAACCGCGUCGGUUUCAAGAGAUCUGAGGAUCCUCCCGACACCCACCCGACCUCCCCUUUUUGUUGUUGUUUUUGUUUUUAUAAUAAAGUGUCACCAUGGCUGAAUUUGGAGGUAACAAGGGUGGCGUCGGCCCACCGGUUGCCGGCCGGAAAGCUGCGUCAGGAGGGGCCGGAGUGAGCCCCGAGGCGCGCCGAGGGGAGCCGGUGUCCAACGGAAACUGCGGCGUGUCGGACACCGUGAAGAGGGUCCAGAACGAAUCCGGCUGCGAGUCCCCGACGUGGGAGAGCGCGGGCUCGGGUCCGCCGUCCAGAGCGAUCCCUCGACGCAGCAGUUUGAUCAAGGACGGGUCACGUGCCGGUCGGGUGAGGAAGAAGACGGUGUCCUUCAGCAGCAGCUUGUCAGAAAAGAAGAUCAGCAGCGCUGCAGACUGCAUCCACUCCAUGGUUGAGGGCAUCGAGCUGAAGAAAAUCCGAACCAACUCCCGCGUUUACCAGCGUUACUACUUGCUGGACGCAGGCCUGCAGGCUCUAUGCUGGGAGCCUUCCAAGAAGGAGUCGGACAAAGCGCGCAUCUCUCUGGCCUCCAUAAGAGAGGUAAGGACGGGCCGUAACACAGAAACCUUCCGCACCAGUGGAGUCUAUGAGCAGAUUUCGGGGGACUGUGCGUUCUCCAUCGUCUAUGGAGAGAUGUAUGAAAGCUUGGACCUGGUGGCCAACUCUGCUGAAGUGGCUAACAUUUGGGUAACGGGCCUGAGGUACCUGAUGCAGUAUGGGAAACAUGCCCUGGACAUGCUCUCCAGCAGUCAGGACAGCCUUCGCCUCGGCUGGCUGGAGCAGAUGUUCCUGUCCGCCGCUGACUCGGACGGACAGGACGACGCGGAGGAAGGGAUCCGCUUGCAGCUGGCUGUUAAGCUGAUACAGAGCGUGAACCCCGGGGUCGGUGCCCGCAAAGUGGAGCACAGGUUCAAAGAGCUCCAGAGGGUCCGGGAGAAGAUGUGUGGGCUCACGCUAGAUAAUGAGCCUGGAGUUAAAGACCACGUGGAGAGCAAAAGGCUAGUAGGAAGAAACGAGCGAGUCACCAGGCAGCAGUUCAUCGAGGUCUUCCAUGACUUCUGCACACGUCCCGAGAUCUACUUUCUGUUGGUGCAGUUCUCUAGCAACAAGGAGUUCCUGGACACCCAAGACCUGAUGAGGUUCCUCGAGGCUGAGCAAGGCAUGACUCAAGUGAGCGAGGAGGCCAGCUUGAAGCUCAUCCGGUCCCAGGAGCCAUCGGAGGAGGGCCAGCAGGAGGGCUACCUGUCGCUGGACGGAUUCACCAGCUACCUCACCUCGGCAGAGUGCCACCUCUUCGACACGGAGCACCACGCCGUGUGCCAGGACAUGUCCCAGCCUUUGUCCCACUACUACAUCAGCUCCUCCCACAACACCUACCUCAUCGAGGACCAGGUCCGCGGCCCCUCCGACAUCUCCGGCUACAUCCGCGCGCUGAAGAUGGGCUGCCGGUGUGUGGAGGUGGACGUGUGGGACGGCCCCGACGAGGAGCCCGUGGUGUGCACCGGACACUCGCUCUCGCCACCGCUGGCCCUGCGCUGCGUGCUCGAAGCUAUCGGAAGAUUCGCGUUCGUGGCCUCGCCGUACCCGUUGAUCAUUUGCCUGGAGAACCACUGCUCCCUCCGUCAGCAGAAGGUGACGUGUCAGCACCUCGUGAGGAUACUCGGGGAGAAGCUGUACAGCGAUCCGCCGUGCGAAGGCGAGUCGUACUUGCCGUCGCCGCACGCUCUACGGCACCGAAUCCUGCUCAAGGGUCAAAUGUUGCCGCCGCCGGGUCCGGGCGGGGACGAAGGGGAGGUGAGCGAGGAGGAUGAAGGGGCGGAGGUGGGUCAAAGGGUGAAAGCUGGCCACAGUGGAGUGGCUGCGCCUGAAGCCAAUGAGAAGGACGCGGCGCCGAAAGGCGCCUCUGUGGCUCCGUCCGAUCCUCCUCACGUCCUCCCCAAACGUUUCCAGCUCCUGAAGGAGCUCUCCGACCUCGUGGCUCUUUGCAGCUCGGUCCACUUCGUCGAUUUCCCCACGUCGUCCAAAAGCCAAAACCCCUGGGAGAUGUGCUCCUUUCACGAGUCCCUGGCUGUGCGUCUCGCCGGCGAGAGCCCCGGAGACUUUGUCAACCACAACAAGCACUUCCUGUCACGGGUGUACCCCAGCCCGGCGCGCAUCGACUCCAGCAACAUGAACCCUCAGGACCUGUGGAAGUGCGGCUGCCAGAUCGUGUCCAUGAACUUUCAGACGGCCGGGCUGAUGAUGGACCUGAACACUGCCUGGUUCCGGCAGAACGGGAACUGUGGUUACGUUCUGCGGCCGGCCAUCAUGCGGCAGGAGGUGUCCUAUUUCAGCGCGGACACCCGGGACACGGUGCCCGGCGUGUCUCCGCAGCUGCUCCACGUGAAGGUGAUCAGCGGGCAGAACCUGCCCAAGCCGCGGGGCUCGGGGACCAAAGGAGACGUCGUGGACCCCUACGUGUACGUCGAGAUCCACGGUAUCCCCGCCGACUGCACGGAGCGCCGCACCAGGACGGUGACGCACAACGGCGACAACCCCGUCUUCGAUGAGAGCUUCGAGUUCCAGAUCAACCUGCCGGAGCUCGUCAUGGUCCGCUUCGUGGUCCUGGACGACGAUUUCAUCGGGGACGAGUUCAUAGGCCAGUACACCAUCCCCCUGGAGUGUCUUCAACCGGGCUACCGACAUGUGCCCCUCCAGUCUCUGACGGGGGAGGAGCUCCCCCACGCCAAGCUGUUUGUGCACGUGGCCCUCACCAAUCGGAGGGGAGGCGGGAAGCCUCACAAAAGGGGGCUGUCCGUGCGGAAGGCCCGCAAGGGGAGGGACUACACCGCUCUGAGGGACUCGGGGGUCCGGGCUGUGGAUGAGGUUUUCAAGAUGGCCGCCCCUCCGCUGAGAGAAGCCACCGACCUGAGGGGAAAUAUGCAGAACGCGGUAGCGGUGUUCAAGGAGCUGUGCGGCGUGUCGGCGGUGGCCAACCUCAUGCAGUGCGUCCUAGCUCUGGGCUCCAGGGUGUCAGGACCGGACGAGGCGCCUUUACUGCUGUUCAACCUCCUCGACCUCUACCCCGCGCUGGAGCCCCAGGGAGCCCUGCCGGACGUCCUGCGCCGGGUGGUCUCCAACUACGAAAUGAUGGUCCAGGCGAGCAGAGCAGUGAUGGAGCUCUCCGAUGGAAUCCACGACAGGAUCCUACAGAUACAGUCGAGGGCCAUGGAGUUUCACGAAAAGCUGCCAAGUCUGGCAGCGAAAGAGGGGCUGAGGGGUCGCAAGGUCAGUCGUGCCCUGGAGAGCUUCAGCUGGAACAUCACCAUCCUUAAGGGUCAGGCUGACCUGCUGAAGCACGCCAAAGCCGAAGUGCAGGAGAACAUGAAGCAGGUCCACGAUGCUGCUCUAACUGGAAAUCUGACCAAGGCGAGCGUGGGGGUGAAAAGAGUCCGCUCCCAAACCCGGCGAAUCCUCGAGGACUAACCAGCAGCAAGAGGCCCCUCGACGCGGCAAGCAAGUGAAAGAGGAAAUAAGCAAAUCGCUAUCCAAGCUGCUCUCACAAACACUUUUCAUGUUCUGUGCUCCUACUUUGCCUUAGUGUCAGACUUUUAAAAUGCUAUGGCGGAGCUGUAGCUAACGCUGUGUUUUGUUUUUGUUUUUGUUUGUUUUUUAAAGGGAAGAACCUAAAAGUCCUUUAAACCUCUUUAAAAUGCAGCCGCGGGCCUCAGAGGACACUGGACAGCAGCAAAGUCAGACAGGACUCAGGGGAUAAGUGACGCCGGGAAUAUGAAUGUAGUCAAGACAUGAGGCCAAGGUUCAUUUCUGUUCGCUGCAGUCGGCUGUAAAUACAGCACCGUUACACCGACCUCUUGUUGUGGCGUCUCAAAGGACACACACACACACACACACACACACACACACACACACACACACACACACACACACACACACACACACACACACACACACACACACACACACACACACACACACACACACACACACACACACACACACACACACACACACACACACACACACACACACACACACACAAGGCUCCGUGUAAUAAGCAAAAACUGCCGCAUUCACACGCAAGCAGCAACCAUUAUAAGCAAUGACAAGCAAGGGUCCCAAUCAGAACUGUGUUUAAACUGGACAUUCUGUUGAUUAUAGAAGUGGAGGUUUGUUACUUUGACUUAUUCCUGUCAUGCAUUUGUAAGUCCUGGAUUCCUGCUCGUCAUCCAGUCACUUUAUCUUAUCCACAAAAGCCCUUUAACCUCUAAAUAUCACAGACAAUUCUAUAUUUUUAUAUUUUCCUUCAUCCCUUGUGCUAAUUAAACCAGUUACCAUGACGAUCAACUCCAGAUCUGUAGAUGUCUGCCUCCAAGGAACAAAUACUGUUAUGUUGAAAGUCCUGUGUGUGUGCGCACAAAACACUGUACAGUAUUUUACUAUGUAGUAUCAAUCCUUUUGCUGUGAAGAUUAUUUAAGAUAAGUUAUUGAUCCUGGAGGAAAUCAUUGCAGGCGGCAGACGAGACUCGACCUGUUCGGCUCCGUGAAAAAAAAAAAGAGAAAAGGUUGCGGUUCACCGCUAGCGUCCUUCAACGUCGGAAUGGAAAUAAAG